GCCAGAUCAUUUAUAAUAUUAUAUAUAUUAUUAUACAAUACAUCAAGUUUAUUUUUGGUAAUUAUUACUUUACUUAGGAUCGCAAAACUUAUUCUAAAGUGGUUUUUCUAUGACCUUAGAAAUAAUAAUUUCACACGUUUAAAAAAAAUAUUUAUUCACACUUGUAAAUCAUACCCCAAGAAUAUCGUCUAUAUUAGAGACUGAAAAUGUCUUACAAUUUGGGCUUUAUCGGAGGAGGCAAUAUGUCUACAGCAAUUUUUCAAGGGAUAUUGAGAAAUGGUGACCAUCCAGCAUCAAAGAUUUUUGUAUCGGGACCUCAUUUGGAAAAUCUAUUACACUGGAAAGAACUAGGUGCUAACAUAACAAAUAAGAAUGGAGACAUUUACAGUACCUGUGACAUGAUAUUUCUUGGAGUCAAACCACAAUUUUUAUCAAAUGCUAUAAGUGACUGCUACAAUACAUUACCUCCGAAUAUGCCUGCUAAGAAAGUAUUAUUUGUUUCAAUAUUAGCUGGCACUAAUAUAGAACAAUUACACAAGGCUCUGAGUAUUCUACCUGGUGAAAAACAAGUGAUCAGAACAUUGCCAAACACACCUAUGGCAGUCAGUGCUGGAGCCUGUUUAUACACACCAGAUAAUACAGUCACUGAAGAGCAGUGCAGAAAGGUUGAAAUAAUUCUCUCAGGAUGUGGUGUUUGUGAAAGAGUUGCUGAAAAUUUAAUAGCAUCUUUAGGCUCUCUUAUUGGAUGUGGCCCUGCUUUUAUGUAUAUUGCAAUUGAAGCCUUAGCAGAUGGUACAGUGAAACAAGGUGCACCCAGGGCCUUAGCAAUGAGACUUGCUGCCCAAAUGGUCAUGGGUAGUGGAAAAAUGGUACUAGGGAAUACCAAACAUCCUGGCCUCUUGAAGGAUGAAGUCUGUUCACCUGGUGGAUCGACCAUCUGUGGUGUCACUGCAUUGGAACAGGGCAAAUUUCGGGCAACAUUAAUUAAUGCAAUCGAAGCGGCAGUGUUGCGGACUAAGGAAAUGGAAAAGAAGUAAAAACUGAUUUAUAAAUCUUCUGAUUGUAUUAAAACCUAUACGGCUUGACCGAGUGGAUUCGCGAAUGGUUCAAAUUAUUUACAAUAAUUACAUAUGUAGUUAUUUUUUUGUUUGUUUUUUAAGUUUGAAAUUUUUGUAUAUAAGUCGUGUGUCAGUCUCAACCUACCUACUAACCUACUCAAACUACCCGUCAGCCCAGGGUAGUUUUAACUAAAAGUAAUUUUUUUUCAGGUUAUCUAAAAAUAUAUAUUUCAUAUCCUAUGUUAUCUCAAAACUUAUAAUCUAACUUUAAAAAUCUAAUCUUUAGAUUGAUACAGAUGCCCUAUAAACCAACCUCAAGCGGAAGUCGGGUGAUACGUAGUGUUUU